GAGUCAAUUCCCUGUUCCUAUCUUUUUUACUAGCAGCAACAUCCUUGUUAUUAUAAAACCACCAAAUACAUAUUCCAAAAAUACAACAACUUGUUCUAGAGUUCAAAGGAUUGUUUGUUUAGGUCAUUACUCGGAUAGCGGCAUCUCUUGUUCUCAAGUACUGUUUCUCACUUUCUCUGCAACCGAAAAACCCUCCCUCCGUCGCCAGCCACAGCCACCACCGUUCGUCCCUCCGUCGCCAGCCACCACCGUUCGUCCCUCCGUCGCCAGCCACCACGUUCGUCCCUCCGUCGCCAGCCACCACCGUCGUUCUCUCCUCCGUCUGACUGUGCAAGUUACUUUGAAGUCUCUGGUUUCUACUUGUACAACGCCGAUUCAAACCUACCCAUCUCCCACAUCAAGUCUAACUAAGGUUAAAUGGCUCCGGAUAGAGAUGCUCCACCUGAAAACUCACAAGAAAGAGAUGCUCAAGAAAGAGAUGCCACGGAUACAAAUGCUCCACCUGAUACUGAAGCAAAAGAAGUUGCACGAGGCAUCACUAUCAUGAAGGGAAUCGUUCGACAUAGAGACCAAGGAUUAGUAUACCGAUUGGAAUGGAAUUCUGAUAAACAAGCAAUUGGUCCUAAUUCUGCAAAGUUGACAAGUUAUAUUGGUACACUUGUUCGUAUGCAUAUUCCGGUCUCCGUAGCUAGAUGGAAUAUGAAAAGCAAAGACUUGGAUGAGAAAAAAGACGCGAUUUGGGACGAGCUUCAGAGGACUUUUGAGAUACCAGAUGAUCGUAGACGCUACAUACUUGGUUUGGCCGGCAAAAGAUAUAGAGGGUGGAAAGCUUUUUUGACAAACACUUAUCUUAAGGAUAAAGAUGGAAACUUUCUUGAACAGGCACCGGGACGGCCAAAAAAGUAUGAGAUCUUCAUUGGUGAAGAAGAUUGGGCUAAGUUUGUAGAGCAAAGAGAUGAAGAUUUUCGGAAAAGGAGUGCCAAGAAUAGUGAGAGAGCAUCCAAACCCGCAUAUCCAUACAAAAAAGGGCGUUUGGGAUAUGCACGCUUGGAGGAUAAAAUUUUAGAGGAGACUAAAAGUGAGGAAACCUCACUUCCUGAACAUGUGUUGUGGAGGGAAGCUCGUGUGGGCAAGGAUCAUGCUGUCGAUCCCGAAGUUCAGAGAGUUUUUACUGAAUGUGAGACCUUGUCGCAAUCGGCAUCCACCGGUGAGGGGAGCAUACUUAGUAGAGCACUAGAUGCUCCUGAGUAUCCCGGUCGGGUGAGGGGUAAGGGUCAUGGUGUGACUCCAACCUCUUUUUACAAGAGUCCUAGGAGAAGAAAUCCUUCAAAUGAAGAAGUGUUGCAAAAGUUGGCGGAAUUGCAAGCACAAGUCUCUGAAUUGCAAAGAGAUAAAGAGGCGUAUAUGAGAGAAAAGUGCAACACUUCAUCGGUGAAAGAAACUAGUGAUAAGGCUAGUAUCAACUAUCAAAGGAAAUUUCCCGAGGGCAUUUCAUCUUGCCAACUAUACUUAUCGGAACCGAGUUAUCGACUAGUUGGCAAGGGAAAAGUGCACAACACUUUGGGAGAUUUACUUCACCAUAGACCGCUCCUGGAUGGACACCUGAAAGUAUCGGUGGAUGUUGUAGUAGAUCAUGAUGCGAUGCUACCGGUACCUGACAUGGUCUCAGAGACGACAUUGCUGCGAGAUGCAAUAGGAUCAUUUGUUGCAUGGCCCUCGGAGCUCAUUACCAUUAGUGAUGAGACUGCUCCUAUAAAACCCACAGUUAAGGGUAAAGGGAUUUUACAGGAGGAGGAGUCCGUUGCAUCACUAAAAGAGGCAUCCGCUCGAGAGUCACAACAAGUGACGCAGCAAGUUCGUACCGUACCACCCACUGGUCCUCCGAAGCCAGCGGGAAAAAAAGGCGGUGCUUUUGUGCCUCGGUACCGGUCGACGCUCGCAACAAUGGUUGAUAUGUCCGAUUUGACGGAUGGUGCUGCACGUGAAAUCGUUAUGGAUGAGAGUGUCUUCGGUAUUGAAUUCAAGUCACUUAUUACACUUGAUGACUUGGAGGAGAUUUUUAAGCUUGAUCAACUAGGCGUCAAUAACAUGCACUCAUACAUUCGGUUGUUGCAUGACAGAGUGUUGCGCGGGACUCCGUUGUCUAACAGAUUCCGUUUCGUGUCUUCCGCCCACUGCAGCGGAAUGGCAAUUGAUUCGGAACCGGAAUCAGUUAGACAGUGCUUAGUAGAUAGAUUCAUGUCCACCGGCAAUACAGAAUGUCUGCAUCUUUGGGCGUAUAAUACUCGACCAGUAGGAGCACACUGGUUGCUGCUUGCUAUCAACCCUAUAAGGGAAGUCGUGUAUUAUCUGAAUUCGGUAAAUGGUGAAUGGACCAAUUAUCCGGCCAUGAAGGACAUCGUUGAUUUAUCAAUACAAGUGUUCCGAAGUCAACGGGACGCACAGGUAUCCCGAACUAAAUCUAGCAACAUUACUUGGAUCCAAGUGCAGUGCCCGCAACAGAAAAACAGUUACGAUUGCGGAUACUUUGUAUUGAGGUUUAUGAAAGAAAUCCUUCAGGCAAAUCAAUUAGAGAUUCCGAUCACGUACCUUGACGAAUUCCGUGCCACUGGAUACCCGAGACUUAAGUUGGAAGAAAUAAAAGAGGAUUUGUGUCAUUUUUAUAUUAAGCGCUUUUUCAUAUAGGAUUUGUGUCGAAUUGAAGUACUAUAAUAUUAUUGAUGUUGUAAUGAUGUAUAUAUAUAAUAUUGGAUAUUAUAAUGGUAUUAUAUUAGUAUAUAUAUAUAUUGUCUUACUGAUGGCUGAAAUAAU